GCUGGGGAGCCCGGCGGGCGCGCUGGCGGGCGGGGGGACUUGUUGUUCUUCGCGAAGUCGGAGCCCGAGCGCCAGGCGGCGGCGGCGGCCCAGGAGUAGCGCGAAGGUGAGCGCGAGCGCGAGGAAAGCGAGUGCCCGCGAGGAGCCGCCGCGCGCGCCCGCGCCCCACGCGCGACGCCAGUUACGAUUUCCAAGCAGUUCCGUCCUGGUGACCGUAUCCAGGUUAUGACGACUAAUCCCAAACCGAACAAGGCAUUAAAGGUCAAGAAGGAGGCGGGCGAGAACGCCCCGGUGCUCAGCGAUGAUGAGCUGGUGUCCAUGUCGGUGCGCGAGCUGAACCAGCACCUGCGGGGCCUCACCAAGGAGGAGGUGACCCGCCUGAAGCAGCGCCGGCGCACGCUCAAGAACCGCGGCUACGCGGCUAGCUGCCGCAUCAAGCGGGUGACGCAGAAGGAGGAGCUGGAGCGGCAGCGCGUGGAGCUGCAGCAGGAGGUGGAGAAGCUGGCGCGCGAGAACAGCAGCAUGCGGCUGGAGCUGGACGCCCUGCGCUCCAAGUACGAGGCCCUGCAGACCUUCGCACGCACCGUGGCCCGCGGGCCCGUCGCGCCCACCAAGGUGGCCACCACCAGCGUCAUCACCAUCGUGAAGUCCGCGGAGAUCGCCCCCUCCGUGCCCUUCUCUGCCGCGUCCUAGUGCCUGCUGGGGCUGUGUGGGGGGCA